AGGAGGAGAACCCAAAACUUCCUUAAACUCACUUCUGCAAUCACACUGUAUCCAAAGCGCAUUUAAAGUCGGAUCCAGAAGUUAAGCAGGUUCAGAUAUGUCUGGAGUGGCGUUAACUUUGGCUAAGAAGCGAGCCCGGGCUGCGGGUUUCGGCACCAACGCGAACGCCAACAAAUACCUGAACCAGGAUUACGAGGCGAUCAGAAGUCAGUGCAAAAGUCAAGGGCAGCUUUUCUGUGAUCCUUUAUUUCCAGCUGCGCCAGAGACCCUGGGCUUUAAAGAACUUGGACCAAAUUCCUCCAAGGUCAGAGGAGUGCAAUGGAAAAGACCUGGGGAGUUGUGCUCCAGACCUCAGUUCAUUACCGGAGGAGCUACAAGGACUGAUAUUUGCCAAGGAGCCCUGGGGGACUGCUGGCUCUUGGCAGCCAUCGCCUCUCUGACGUUGAACGAAGAUGUGAUGGCCAGGGUGGUCCCCAGCGGCCAGGAUUUUGGCGCAGGCUAUGCUGGAGUCUUCCACUUUCAGUUCUGGCAGUUUGGUGAGUGGGUGGAUGUCGUCAUUGACGAUCGGCUACCCGUGAAGGAUGGGAAGCUGAUGUUUGUCCAUUCAGAAGAAGGCAGCGAGUUUUGGAGCGCCCUCCUGGAAAAGGCCUACGCUAAAGUGAACGGCUCAUACGAGGCUCUGUCCGGAGGCUCCACCACCGAGGGCUUUGAGGAUUUUACUGGUGGAAUUGCCGAGCAGUAUGAGCUGAGGAGCGCGCCGGCGAACAUAUUCCAGAUUAUUCAGAAUGCUCUGGCGUCUGGAGCUCUGCUUGGCUGCUCUAUAGAUAUCACGAGUGCUGCUGAUUCAGAGGCCAUCACUCGGCAGAAGCUGGUGAAGGGACACGCCUACUCACUGACAGGGGCUGUCGAGGUUAAUACCAGUAGAGGUCCGGAGAAGCUGGUGCGCAUGAGGAACCCGUGGGGUCAGGUGGAGUGGACUGGACCCUGGAGUGAUGGCUCAUCCGAGUGGAACUCUGUGAAUCCUUCGGAGCGCCCGAACAACAACGCUGAAGACGGAGAGUUUUGGAUGUCGUUUUCUGACUUCCAGCGGAAUUACUCACGUAUCGAGAUCUGCACCCUGACCCCCGACGCCAUCUCCAGCAGCCAGGUUAAACCAUGGAGUGUGAAAAAUUAUAGUGGAACCUGGAGGAGGGGCUCCACCGCUGGAGGAUGCAGGAAUAAUGCUCACACGUUCUGGAUGAACCCGCAAUUCGUUAUCAAGGUGAACGAAGAGGACGACGACCCGAACGACAACGAGCAGGGCUGCAGCCUUGUAGUGGGUCUGAUCCAGAAGAACCGACGCCGGUUAAGAAAGGAUGGCGAGGACAUGCACACCAUCGGCUACGCCAUCUACGAGGUGCCUUCACAGUUCAAGGGCCAGACAAACCUGCACCUGGAUAAGAACUUUUUCCUGACGCACGCACAGAAAGCUCGCUCUGAGACCUUCGUCAACCUGCGUGAGGUCAGCACACGCUUCAAGCUGCCUGCUGGCGAAUACCUGGUCGUGCCUUCCACCUUCGAGCCUAAUAAGGAUGGUGACUUCUGCCUGCGUGUCUUCUCUGAGAAGCAGACCGAAACAGAGCGUUGCGAUGAUCCUGUCGAUGCUAAAUUAGUAGACGAAACCGUGUCAGACAGUGAAGUAGAUUCGAACUUCAGGAGCCUGUUUAUGAAACUGGCAGGAACUGACAUGGAGAUCUCUGCCGCAGAGCUCAAAACGAUCAUGAACAAAGUAGUCGGCAAACGAACGGACAUUAAGACAGACGGUUUCUCCCUGGACACGUGUCGCACCAUGGUCAACCUCAUGGAUGACUCCGGCAACGGGAAGCUUGGUCUGGGCGAGUUCGCCACGUUGUGGAAGAAAGUGCAGAGAUACAUGGAUAUCUAUAAACAAAACGACAUGGAUGGCUCUGGGAAUAUAAGCACACCAGAGUUUCGUGGGGCACUGGGAAAAGCUGGAUUCACUCUGAAUGAUACCAUCUUUCAGCUUUUGGUGAACCGCUUCGCUGAUACUAACCUCACCAUUGACUUUGAUGACUUUGUGUCCUGCAUUAUGCGGUUGGAGCUGAUGUUCCGAGUUUUCCGUAAAAUGGAUCCACACAACACCGGUUCCUUAGAGAUGAACUUUGAAAUGUGGCUGUAUUUAACUAUGAUUUAAACAGCACCAGCCUGAGCACCAAGCUAAGAGUCCAAUACUUGCAUUAUUGGCAGGCAGUGUGGAUAAGGACUUAUAAACGUUUUUUAUCAGUAAUUAUAGUUGUAACAAUUAAAAGUGGGGAAAAAAGAAAUAAUUUUUUUUUUUUUACAUUACUAUUGUUAAAUUUUUUGAUUUUUUUACAGCCAAAGACAAGUUUGUGUUACCUUGGAAGAGACAACGGCUAAUAUAUAAAGUUUUAAUAUAGAACAAUA